AUGAACACAGAGGAAAAAAAACAGUAUGUUGCCCAACUGUGGAAGCAUUUCGACAAGACCUGGGAGAACGUGGCGGUCGUGGCCAAGGAAUUGCAAGCCAUGGGGUACCUGAAGGACUAUGCCUUGGCUCCCCCGUCCGUGUGGGGUCGCCAGCUUCCUGCGGUUGGGAUGGUAAGCAAUGGCCCAUCCACCAUGCCUUCCGGAGCCAUGGCUCUUCGCCCCCUCCGCUGUGUGCGGCCUUUGAAGGCCCUGUCAGCUCUAGGCCGAGCGGCGCGGCCAAUCUCGGUCGAGGCCAUGCAGUUGAACGCGCCUUUGAAGGAGAUGGACCCAGACGUUCACGGAAUCAUUGAAGCAGAAAAGCAGCGCCAGAAGCGUUGCGUGAAUCUCAUCGCGUCCGAGAACUUUGCUCCAGUGCCAGUCUUGGAAGCUGUCGGUUCGGUGAUGGUGAACAAGUACUCAGAGGGCUACCCUGGAGCCCGCUACUACGGUGGCAAUGAGUUCAUUGAUCAGGCCGAGAAACUGUGUCAACAGCGAGCGUUGGAAGCAUGCAGAUUGGAUCCUGCACAGUGGGGCGUCAAUGUGCAAUCUCUCAGCGGUUCCCCGGCGAAUUUUCAGGUCUUCACUGCUCUGUGCGAUGUCCACGACCGCAUCAUGGGAUUGGACCUGCCCCAUGGGGGGCACUUGUCCCAUGGCUACCAGACAGACACCAAGAAGAUUUCGAUGGUGUCCAAGUACUUCGAGUCAAUCCCAUAUCGUUUGAAUGAAGAAACUGGGCUCAUUGACUACGACGAGUGCGAGAAAUUUGCUCUCAGAAUCCGUCCCAAGAUCUUGAUCGCCGGGACCAGCGCCUACUCGCGAUUGAUUGACUACAGCCGCAUGCGUCAGAUCGCUGACAAGUGCGGGGCAUAUUUGCUGGCAGACAUGGCGCAUAUUUCAGGCUUGGUGGUUGGUGGAGUCAUCCCCUCACCCUUUGAAUAUGCAGAUGUGGUCACCACCACAACCCACAAGUCCUUACGAGGGCCCAGAGGCGCCAUGAUCUUCUUUAGGAAAGGACAACGAGGUGCUGACAAGAAGGGCAAUCCGAUUAUGUAUGACUUGGAGGAGCGGAUCAAUGCUGCGGUCUUUCCAGGGCUACAGGGUGGCCCCCACAAUCAGAGCAUCACUGCACUAGCCGUGGCCCUGAAGCAGGCGAUGGCACCCGAGUUCAAAACCUACACGCAGCAGGUUAUGAAGAACGCCAAGGCUUUGGGUGAAUCAUUGCAGAGUUGCAAGUUCAACUUGGUGUCUGGCGGCACUGACAACCACCUCCUGCUGCUGGAUUUGCGCUCCAAAGGUGUCAAUGGAUCCAAGGCAGAAGCUGUUUGCGAACAGGCCUCCAUCGUUCUGAACAAGAACACCAUUCCUGGAGACAAGAGCGCUAUGAACCCCAACGGCUUGCGCGUGGGCACUCCUGCCAUGACGUCGCGGGGAUUAAUGGAGGAGGACUUUGUGAAGAUCGGUCAGUUCAUCGGUAGCGCGGUGGAUGUAGCGGUGGAGGUGCAAAAACAAAGCGGCCCAAAGAUCGUUGACUUCAAGAAGGUCUUGAAGGAAAGCCCACCAGGCCAACUGUUCGAGCUGAAGCAGCAAGUGGAAGACUUUGCAAGUGCGUCGGCAUAUGAAUAA